AUGUUGAAUCUCCAAAAGCGAAUCAAUGGUGUUGAUGAGGAUCGGAACUACAAAAAGAUGCACACACAGAUUCGAGACAAGUUGCUGGCACAAGAAGUGAAAGAUCUGGAGAUGAACCUUCGCAAUCAGAACGUGUGUCGAAUUCGCUUCCCCAUGUCUCCGGCUCUUCACGAAAUUGAGCUCAGCAUUACUCCAACCGAAGGACUGUACAAAGGAGGAACUUUCCGCUUUCACAUCACUGUGCCUAUCGAAUACAACGCUGUACCACCUCAAGUGAAAUGUUUGACGAGGAUUUGGCAUCCAAAUAUUAACGAAGAUGGAGCAAUUUGUCUCUCAUUGCUGCGAGAGAAUUCGGUUGAUGAUUUUGGAUGGCGACCCACCAGGAAUCUUCUUGAAGUUGUUCACGGAUUACAAUCACUCUUCGGUGAUCUGAUGGACUUUGACGAUGCUCUGAACAUGGAAGCUGCUCGCCAGUACAGCACAAAACGAUCCGAGUAUGACAACAAAGUUCGGGAAUACCUCCAACGCUAUGCUAAA